AUGUCUGCUCUCAUCACUGUUCUUAUCGACUCAAGCAUCAUCGACAACUGUACCUUCAUCAUCCUAUCUAUAUAUACCGGUUACCUGUUGCUACUGCAUCAGGCCGUGAAGUUUGGAAAAAGAAUCGGCAUCGACCCUUGCAGCAUCAAUCAGGCACGCUUUACACAGGAGCAGCCAACUCUGAAAUCUCAGGACCUGCGCGAAGGCAGGCUAAGCAACCUCAACCAUUUCAUUGAGUGUAUUAUGAACACUUCAAGAAGAACGAUCCGGUUCCUCUAG